UAUAGCCGCAAACCCUCCGUUUUCCGCUAAACCCUCCCUAAACCCCACGAAUCGCCGCCACCAUCGACGGCCACCGUCGCCAACCGGAAAUCUAUUACAUACUACAGGCAAUAUCUCGAUUGACGACACUUUAUAUAACACUUAGGAUUUCUAUAAUCACGUUGUUGUGUGCAAACAAACUCGUAUGGAAACCGAUCAAGUUAUGAAUCCGGAGAGCAAACAAAUCCCUAAUUUUUCACUCAAAGUGUCUCACGAAGCUAAAUUAAGAGAGCUAUUACGUAACCUCACCUCAAUCGAUCUUCAAUUAUGCGCAGAAGCGUCAAAAGAGUUUAUGAAGCUCUUAAGAGGCGAAGAAGGGGGUGAACUGUUACGGCAAUAUGUGCUUUCUUCUUCCAAUUGUUCCGAGCUUCUACAAGCAUGGAAUUUACGACAAUCGAAGCCUGGUUUGUCUUACAUAAUGUCGUUGAUUAACGUUAUUUUGAGUCAUAAAGAUGGUGUUUAUAAACUCAGCGAUGUGGCUAGGCUUCCGAUUAGUCGGGCGUUAGAUAAGUUUGCUCGUUUGAUUCUGGAAGAAAAGUUAGGAGAUGUUUACAAGGAGUUGAAUAGUAAAGAGAACAAAGGUAAAAACGCUGCGUUGUUGCUGAUGGCUUCGAUUGUGAGACGGGGUUCCGGAUUGGCUUCGGAUGUUGCCAAGAGUUUCGAUUUUAAACUACCGAAUUUCUUGAAGCUGGCGGAGUAUGAUAAAAGGAGGAAAAGCGGCGAAAUGAUAAAACGAAAGGUCUCAACUAGGAGGUCGUAUGUUCGAUUUGCUAUGUCGUUUUUGGAGAUUGGGGAUCCUCGAUUGUUACGGUGGGUGCUGCAGCAGAAAGAGAUGUUUUCCGGUGUUCUUCGUGGGCUCGGUAGUGAUGAAGAAGAGACCGUUGCCUAUGUUCUAUCUACAUUACGAGAUAAGGUCCUUGUUCCGGAAUCUUUGGUGCCGGUGGCUCUUAGGAGUGUUUUAUUCGGGAGUGUUACCUUGGAACAAUUGGUUAACAUUUCCGGAAGAGAUGACGGUGGAGAUUCUGCUGAGGUGGCACAGAAGGUUUUGUUUACGGUAUGUACUGACCCAUCAAACGGGUUGAUGCCGGAUUCAAAGGCAACACCUUUUCCGUUAAAGGGUAACUCGACACGACUUUUGGGUGUUAUGAAGAAACUCAAAGCUACGGAAAUCGAAUUUCAUCGGGAUUUACUAUUAGCGAUUGUACGUGGAAGGCCGGCAUUUGGUUCCGCUUACCUGGAUGAGUUUCCGUACAACCUUGAAGAUCAUACAUCCUGGUUUGCUGCUGUUUCAUUGGCUGCAAACUUGAUCGCUUCAGUGAAUGCAGGUUUGUCGUUUGAUUUUCUUGAUUCUCAGCCAGGAUUACCGUCAUUAAUCAACAGCUCUGACGUACAAAGUAUAAUUAAGUGCAUAGGCCCACGCCCGUUUAAUAGAAUAGUAAUGAAUAAAGGGUUACUUCACUCGGAAUCUCAUAUACAACACGGGACAUUACGGCUUGUUUUAGAGGCAUUGAAGUUAUUAGAUUCUCUGUUUUCUGCUUUAAUCCAAAGAUCCAAAUCUAGCAAGCAAAUUGGGUGUAAAUGGGUGUCUCUUAAGAACGAUAUUCAGAAUGAAGUGCAAUUAUUGCUUCCCGAUCAUCAGGUUUUGUUGUCGUUAAUUUCAUCCCUUAAUAACCGCUACAAGGGUGACGAAAAAAGUUCAAAGAGAAAUGCAGAUGCAGCUGUUUUACUUGAACCUAGUUCUCGUAAUAAAAAGUUGAAAACAUCCGAUUUAAACGAGGAAACCGAUAUUCUUGUCGGUGGUAUUAGUUCUUCCACCGACACUAACGGAAGAAUACAGGAAGAGGAUGAUGUGUCCGAGCCUGAUAAUCUAAAUGAUAAUUCUACACUAAUCAUAGAACUCUGGAAAUCACAUGAAAACAACAACAUAAACAUCGUUGCAGAGGAUGAAGAGUUAUAUUUCUACACUAAGUUGCUUGACGCGCUCAAAGUUUAUCAUCGGACGAUUCCAUCUGUUCUAGAAGGGUCAUUUGAUUUCUUUAAGCUUCUACCUAACAACGCUUUAUCAUUACCAACCAUUCUGCAACAAUCGUUAUUGUCACUAUUAGUCGAACACAUCGGUUGGUCUUCAAAGCAAGAUAUGCGUAUGAGAUACCCACCACUGAUGUACAAACAUCUAAUGCAUUUCAUUAAUCUGGUUGUACAUUCACCCGUCAAAGAUAUAAAAGAUCAAGCUUAUGUGCUGGCACAAGCAGCCAUGCUAAGCAGUGGAGCGUUUGACAAUAACGCAACCGAAAUCGGUGCAUGGUUUUUAUUUCUUCCUGGGUUCACUGCCAAUAAUGCAACUGAGAGGGGCGGAACCGUCCAGAAUUUGUCGUCUGUUGUCAUUUCGUUUUUCUGUGAUGUUGUAUCUACAGUUGGAAACAAUUUAUUUAAAUAUUGGGAUCUUGUCAGAUCUCAAAUCCGCCAGUUGGAAACCACUAAAGAUGUUUAUCCUAGGUUCAGUCCUCUAUUCGUUUGUGUUCUUGAAAAGUGCCUACGGUUGCUCGGUUCCGAUUCCGGGACGUUUAGUUUAUCCGAGAAAUCAAUGAUAUCAAUAUACGUAAGCAGCACCUUGAUAUACCUCUUGCAAACUCAGGCGGAGGCUGGAUUGCUAUCUUCUCUAAUACGCCUUUCGUUAUCCGAACGACUCAAGGAUAUAAAUAGCGAUCUAUGUGAGUGGAGGCCGUUAAAAAGUUUGUUGCUUUUUUCAACUAGUAUCACAGAUAAAGGAAUCAGUAUGCUUUCUUCAGUUGGUAGAAAAACAGGCAUUCACGAUGACUCUUUCGUAAAUCUUCUUAACGAAGUAACGAGUCUAGCAGAGAGUGAGCACGAUACAGGGAUAACAAUGGAUUUUUCAUCGUCUAUGUUAUGCGCUUCACCUGACGUAAUAUUGCAGCAUUUCCCAGCAGUUGUAUCGGUUUCACAUAAGCUGGACGGAGUUCCGUUUUCUAUCCUAUCGUCUAUCUGUUUUCUCGAAAGAAAUUUUCUCAACAAUGUUUUCAAGUCAUGGCCUGAGUUUUCAUUUGCGGGUUUAGAACGAAUUGAUUGGGCUCCGUUUUAUGUACUAUUGCCAGCUGUCAUAAGCAUCGAAAGCCCGUAUUUAUCCGAGUCAUCAAAGCUUCAAGACUUACUGUUGGACAAGCUGUCGCAAGAGAUUUCCAAUAAUUUUGUUUGCUCUUUCCGCCAUGUGUUUUUUUGGUUUCAUCACAUACGAUCAUCCUACCAUAACGAACCAGUUGAAAAAUACGUACAGAUUUCCGAAAUCUGUUUUGCUCUCAUAAAGAGCAUGUUGGCACACGUGUCUGCCAAUCAUUACGCCCAAGAAAUUGCCGAAACCAUUUUUUGCCAUCCUGCGGUAAUAGGUGCUGUAGAAAGUCCGUUAUCUGUUAACAAGGAACUAAACGCCAACAUUCUUGACCAACCGACUGAUAGUUUUCUUCAGUUGGCACGAGAAGGAAUUCAUAUAACGGAUUAUCAUAUCUUACUAGUACUAGAAAUAUUUUCCAACCAGUUCUCCUUUAACAAUGAUGUGAAUAAGGGUGUUACACGCCUCCUUCGGAAGUUGGUUUUGAUGCUAAAGAACAGGUUUGAUAAGUUCGUAGAAUCCAAAGAUUCGUUGCAUCUAAUCCCAACGUUAUUUUCGUUUUACACUCUAAUCCAAUUCGUAUCCCCUCGUGAACUGCUUGAAUUGGUAAAUUGGAUGUUUUGCAGAAUUAACGUUAAAGAAUCUUCCGUUCUUGAAUCUUACAAAGUCUCCACUCUAUCCGUUGGAUUAAACAUUGCCGGUUUUGCAUUUGAUUUCUUGUUGCUGUUUAGCGGCAUACAAGAAUUUGACGUUGCUCUGUUUGAGAAGGUGUAUAUUCACAUAGUUAAAAUCGCCUCUGAUUAUGAUUUAGUCGUUGCAGAUCUUUGCUUGCUGAAAGCGGUUAAGAUUGCAAGUAAAUUUAAGGGUGAAAGUCAAACUCUUCAAUCUCUUUUAAAUCACAUGGCGAUGACACGCGUAAUAGCAAGUACACCCGUGAGUUUGCUUUCAAAUUGCUUUGAAAAAACAAGCAUGGUUCGGACUCAAAUAUCGUUUCAUUUAACUGAAUCGAGUCUCCUCCAUUUAUCUUUCUUUGGGUACCGAUUUAUGAAGAUCGUGAACGAAUCCGAAGUUCGCAAAUGUGAUGAAGAUUUAAUGAUUUUGCUUUUGCCGACUGCGUUAUCGUUCUUGAAUUUAAUCUCCAUGAGGUACGGGGAGAAGUGUGACAAGCAUGUUAAAAACAUACGUUCUUCGUAUUGGGAAAUAUUAUACAACGGGUUUUCUAAUUGGAAGAAUUUUGUUUCUAGAGAUAUAUUUCAAAUAAAUCUCGACAAAUACGCGCUUUCAACGUUGGAAGAGGUUUUCGACCUUUUCAACAACAGUCUUCUCGGGAAGUCGCUUGAUGUCAUGAAGCUUCAUCUUGCGUCAAAUGGGCCCGUUAAACGAAGCAAACGAUUAAAGUUAGUUGAUUCGGUUAUUCCGUCGGGGACUGAUAAUCUUCUCGAAUGUAGUGCUUCUGAGAUUGAUCGUUACUCCAUUGAUGAAUCUUUGAACCUUAUUAUGAAAGCAGUCACAAAGGUACUUCUUUGCAAGAUGAUGUUAUUUUCGUCUUCGGAAGGUAUAUCUAACAAAGAAUACGUAAGAAGUGUAACAUUCGUAAAUUCAUUGACGUCCACAUGGAUCUUAAUUGUCCGAAAGUUUCCGAUAAAGUCAAAUUCUCAAUCAGAAGUUAAUGACACAAAAUAUUCAUUGUUCAGGCUUUUUGAAAGCUUCAUUUUGAGAAUGCACGUUGAAGUUAUAACCGAGAUGCAUAAUAAGAAUUCUAAAACCGAAUCAAGUUCUUCUAUUAACCUCGAACAGAUGGCACGAUCGUGUCUCCUUCACAGAUUCGAAGAUCCUGCAACAUUCAACAUGUUUCGAAAUAUAUUAGCGUUUGAAGAAAAAGAUAAAUCGUUGCAUGUUCAAAUUCUUCAGCUGCUGUUAUCUCAUUCCCAAUUCGAAUCCACCAUUCAAUCUGCGUAUAACUCUUCGAGUUCGUUACAAUUUGGUAUCAUUUUUCGACCCAUGUCCAGUAUUCUGCGAUCACUCACUUUCGCUAAAGUCAACAAAUCACACACAUCCGAGCUGUACAACAAGCAACUGGAAAUUAUUAAAUUGCUCGGGUUGUUGUGCCGGUUUAGGGCUCAGACGGGUAGCGUUGAUUUAGAAGAAGAUUCCAGUAUAAACGCUAGAGAAUUGGUGUUCUUACUUCUGUCUUCUUAUGAGGCUACCGUAAGUGAAAAGGACUUGGAAAUUUAUAAGAUCAUACAAGAGCUCGAAAGUAUCGAUGAACUGAACUCUAGUUAUAUUGCUGACGUGGAUUUUCUGUGGGGUACUGCUGCCGCAAGAGUUAGAAAAGUACGGAAGCGGGAACAAGAGUUUUCUGUUGAUGACGUGGAUGAACGUGAAAAACGCAGGAGUCAGUUCAGAGAAAACCUUCCGGUUGACCCGAGAAAAUGUGCAGCUACAGUUCUUCAUUUUCCGUAUGACAGACACAUGAAAUCAGGAGCUUUAUCGUCUAUCAAGCUUUCAGAUGAUAGUGCUGGAAAUGUGAGUGAGAUAUACGAUCCGGCUUUCAUCUUGCGGAUGUCAUUACACGGUUUGUCAAUGAAUUACAUCGAACCUGUUGAAUACGCGAGUUUAGGUCUGCUUGCCGUUGCGUUUGUUAGUUUAUCCUCACCCGAUGAUGAUAUCAGAAAAAUAGGAUACAAGGUGCUGGUAGAAUUCUCGGAGAAGGCAUCAAAGAUAAGUCAAAAGAAAAAAGAAGUCAACCGACUUCGGUCAUUGCUGACACACGUGCAAAAUGGUAUACCCGAGGCAUGGCAGAGGAUUCCCUCCGUACAUGCGUUAUUCGCUGCAGAGGCUUCCGUAUUACUAUUGGAUCCGUCAAAUGAUAAUUACAAAUCUAUAAGUAAAAUUCUUUUGCACUCCCCUAUGAAAACCAAGACGAUAUCGUUCUUUGAUGAAUUCUUUUGGAGUAAUUCAGUUAAUUUUAAAUCAGAAAGGAUAUGGAUCCUUCGCUUACUAUAUUCCGGUCUUAAUUUAGAAGACGAUGCUCAGAUUUACGUCAGGAGCUCAAUUUUCGAGAAACUGCUAAGUUUUUAUAGUAGUCCUCUUUCGGAUAAUGAAUCACGGGAGUUGAUCCUUCAGAUUGUGAAGAAAUCGAUGAAGUUUGAUAAGACGUCUAGAUAUUUGAUCGAACACUGUGGCGUAAUAUCAUGGUUGUCGUCUCUUAUUUCAACCUUCACUGGAAGUACGUCCCAACUUGCAGUAAUUCUAGAGGUAAUAAACAAUGUUGUCACCUCAAGGAACACAAGUCAAUGGUUAGAAGCACGUUCUUUGGAGCAGCUGACACAAAUUUCAUGUCGUUUAUAUGCGUUAUUUGUUGAAAACAUAGAGCUGGUGAAAGAAAUUCACUUGUUCGAUUCCGUUUUGGAAUUAGUUUCUUCAACAUUAGAAAUAUCACAAAAGCGAGACGUGCUUCAACCGCAUUUCACCUUUUCGGUUGAAGGUCUAUUUGAAUUGUCGAAAGCCGUUGAUGUAAAUUGUAACGCGGAAUUAGGACUUAAAGUUAUACUAAUGAGCACUCCACAACCGGCGUUACUCACUAUGGACCGAGAAAAGCUUAAAAAGUUUGUACUUUGGAUGGUUUGCGUUGCACUGCGAUCUAAAGGAUCAGAUGAACAAACCGCUGAAUCGUUGAUAUCAAAGCUUUUACGAUGGUUGACUGCUUCUGUAAUAUUAGCAAUUCCUUCACAGCAAUCGUUUCCAGAUACAUUACAAUCUUUUCUGGAAGCAGAACGGUCGGUAAAUCGGGUUGCAUCUGACUCAGAUGAGCUAUUAGCUGCCGCUAUCUAUUAUCUUCACCAGAUUCUCGGGGAAAAGUGUGGCGUGUUUACAUCGGUUGCUAGUUCACUUUGUUUGCUACUCUUUUCUGAUCCCUCACACACAGAUGCAUUGCCUGUUGAAGGAGGUAAUUUGACGUCUUUGCUAUCGAGAAUACGCUGCCCCACUGAAGCUGAUCAUUUGUGGAGAUGGUCAUUUGAGGAGCCAUGGAAGGAUCCUGCAACCGAGAGUUGUUCUGUAGAUGAGGUUCAAGCAUGCCAAAGUGUUUUAAUGGUGGUUUCGAAGGUUCUUGGCUCGAAGUCGUCGCUUUCGCACUUCCUUUCAGAUUUAGAUUUAGAAAAGUCAGGUGUGUUUCAAUGGGAAAGAAGUCUUGUUGAAGAGACCAUGUGAUGUGAUCUAAGGGGAGAAAUUUGUGGGCUGAAAACUUACAAGGGACUCAUGAUUCUUAAUUUUGUUGUUUACAAUUUUUAUUUGAGAAUUAGUGGCCUAAAAUUGUAAAUUUUGAGAAUUAUUCACAAGUCCAUCUUAAAGAUUUACUUA